AGUUGCACUCUCGGAUGCAGCGGGUAGGAAGCAGUUUCUCCACCGGGCAGCGCGAACCCGGGGAAAACCGGGUAGCUUCCCGAUGUCCCAGCGUGGCCCUUGCUGAACGGAAUCAAGUGGCCACUCUACCAGUGAGGCUGCUCAGGGAUGAGGUGCAGGGCAAUGGCUGUGAGCAACCAAGUUUCCAAAUAAAGGUGGAUGCCCAAGGUUUCGCUCCGGAGGACUUGGUGGUGCGGAUAGACGGCCAGAAUCUGACGGUGACCGGCCAGCGGCAACACGAGUCGAAUGACCCGAGCAGGGGCCGCUACCGCAUGGAGCAGAGUGUUCACCGACAAAUGCAGCUCCCGCCGACCUUAGAUCCUGCAGCCAUGACCUGCAGCCUGACCCCCUCUGGCCAUCUGUGGCUCAGGGGACAAAACAAGUGCCUACCUCCCCCUGAAGCUCAAACAGGCCAGUCCCAGAAACCCAGGAGGGGAGGGCCUAAGAGCUCCUUACAAAACGAAAGUGUGAAGAAUCCUUAGAGUCUCUUAGCGUUCUUCCUGCGGGAGAAGAGUUGAAGCCCAAACAGACUCGGCCCUGAGACUCAGGAGGGGAGGCCCUAGGCACUACAACCUACCCUAAUGUAUUAAACCGAGGUGUGCAGCAGC